CUAAGCUCUUCGAAGAAGAUCGUGUUGUCUCCAUUUCGUUUUAGAAACGUGAUGUUUCGGGUGUCUUGAAAAAUGUUUUUCCUUCGUGACAUUUUGUUUCAAGGGAGGGUGUGGCGGGCUCCGCUGACCGAACGGUCGAUGCUCUGAACAGCAGAGCGGGGGGUGUGCCAUGGAUUUGAUUGAAGUUGAAGAUUUAGAGGACGAUGAAGUACUGCCUGAGAUUGAUCCGUUGCAUUUGGAAGAUUUUGAUUUUUCCUUUCAGCAAGACAUUGAGCAUUUGAACUCGAUUGCUUCAGGUUUAGCUGGCAACAUGUCUCAGGACCUGGCACGCCAUCAAUCGCCGGAUUCAGGUUUUGAUGCCGACCUGCUGGAUGAGGCUCAUGACGAUGGAGUCGAGUUCAUCGAUCAACCUGCUCAGGAGAGUUGUGAUCCCAAUACAGGUACGAAUGCAUGCAUUGUUGACAAAACAGAUUGGGCACUCACUGUGAAUCAUGCCUUUGAACGUCACAGAGCUUUGGACCCUGCCAUGAAGCUUCCGUGGGAACAACCUUCAAUGCAGGGAAUCUUUCACAACAGUCUGGGCCUCAACUUACCACAAGUUCAUGGUAUAGCCUUGGAGUUGCCUGCAACUAAGAAUGAAGAUAGAAAUCAAAUCUCGGUCAGCGGAGAAGUUGAAGCUUGUGCAGAUGCCGCUUUUCUGAGUGCAGUGAAGGACAUUCAGGACUUGGACUACUUUGAAAACAAACGAAUGCAAACAGAUUUGGCUUGUGCAAAGUGGCUUGAUAUCCUUUCCAUGAACUGGAGUGCAUCUGCCAUUGGCCAACAGGUUUGUGAAGAUCUCAGGAGCGAUCCCACUGGAGAGUUGGCGAACGAAACCCUCAAGGCUUGUUUUGGUACAAAGAGUUAUUCUACUUUGCUCAAGCGUGCAGGAAGUUUGAAACGUUUCAUUCUUUGGCACAGAGACCAUUACUUGGAGAGAGGUUUCAGUGUUGAUGCAAUACCGCUGCAUGAGCCAGACGUUUGGAACUACUUCAGGCACUUGAGAGACUCCAGAAUCCGUGAUGCACGUGGGUACACCGGACCUGCCACUUUUCUUGAGACUGUGAGGUUCACAAAGUUUACGAUUGCAUUGCGAGGUGCCGACGACAUCCUGGAAUCUAGGAGACUGCAAGGUUUUGCAGCCAUAGAAAAACGUGAGAAGGGGCCCACUCAUCAGGCCCCUCCUAUGGAGCUUGAACAUUUGAGGCGUCUUCAUUCGGUGUUGUUGGGUGCCGAUAGCAUUGUGGACAAGGUUGGGGCAGGUUGCAUGCUUUUGUGUACAUAUGCUCGAGCACGCUGGAGUGAUCUACGCUUCAUUCAUCAUGUUGAGAUUGAGAGCAAGAGGAAUGGAUGUUUGGUUUUGUACACAACUGAGCAUAAGACUUCUGCUGUCGGUGAAAAGAAAGAGCAAUACCUGCCCUUUGUUGUUCCUUGGGAUGGAGUGACAAACGAAAACUGGCUGCAGACUUUCCUGGAUCUUUACCAACAGGUUGGGCUAAAUAUUCACAAGGUACCGCUGGGUCCUCUUCUUCCUGCACCUAGAUCCGGUGGUGGAUUCUGCGCACGGCCCUUGACCACGUCCGAAGCUGCAGCCUGGUUACGAGGUCUUCUGAAGGGAACUUCAAACUGGGAAUCCUUUCGCUCCCAUUCCAUGAAGGCUACCCUAUUGGAUUGGUGUGCGAGAUCUGGAAUGGAUAAGGAAGUUCGGUCAGUGCUUGGGCAUCAUUGCAGUGCUGUAAGUGGUUCAGAAGUAGUGUAUGCUCGUCAUUUGCAAGCCAGGCCAAUUCGGAAAUUGAUGAUGCUACUUGGAUUGAUCAGGAUUGGCAUGGGCCUUGAGGAAAUCGCUGACAGGGGCAACAUUGCAGGUGUCACGCCGGCAGCAGGUACACCUGGACCUGGUUUUGGAAUUCAUGGUUGUGCAGCACGGACACCUGUGUUGCCAGUUGAGCGUGUUCAGGCAGAAGCCGACCCUGUUCAGGAUGCUGUAGAGGGUGUUCAGGACCACGAAGACCAACUUAGCAUCAAGGAAGAGAUGAACAAUGCUGCAGACAUUGACAGUUCGUCCGGCAGUGACAGUGAGUCGAGCAGCACAAGCAGCGAUGAGCCGCUGGCUGAGACUUUUGAAACACGUCCUGCAUACACUGAAGCAGUACCUGAAGGGUUGACCUUUUAUAAGCAUGUAAAAAGCUUUCGUGUGCAUGCAGUCCGAAAUGAACAGCAAGUGACUGUAUGCAAAAUGAAGAUAACUGCGAAUUUUCAGGAAUUGUGCCGUACCUUGAACUUCAGGUAUCCAAAGUGUUUGAGGUGCUUCCCAAACGAUCCAGGGCGAGUGCGUAGUCGUGAGGACGCAGUUGAAGCCCUGGACAAAGCUUUAGAGAGAGUUCGGAAAGCCAGGAGAAGUGCAAGGUAACAUUCUAGUUUUCUUUAACGCUUGCUAGAUAAACGAUCCAGCUGCUUUUCAAACUUAGUGCACUGCAUUAAAUCUUGCCAUAAG